CUUCUUCAUCCGUCUUUGUUAAUUUUGGUACCCCCAAUCGUCUUCGUACUGCUGAAAUCUUUGCUCCUCAUCGGAAAUGGCGUUUCUACUCAACAACACUUUGAUUUCAUCUCAUCUCCGAUCUUCUUCCCAGAAGACGGAUGGUGCUUUGGCUCAAUCUCGUCGCGGAUUCCAUGUGGAGCUAGGUGCUCGCGAGAAAUCUCUCUUGGCUGAGGAUGCCUCUUUGAGGAGAUUCAAGUCGCAUAAGAAAGGAGUGCACAGAUUGAAGAGGAUUGGAGAUGUGCUCACAGUUAUUGUUAUUGCCGGAUGUUGCUAUGAGAUCUAUGCGAGAGCAGUGAUGAGAAAGGAUCAGGCUGCUGCAGGAGGAAGCUCAUGAGUUUCUUUAUCUCCCUUUUUUAACAAUCUCAAAAAUUCAUCUUGUUACUCUUGUUUGGCUUACGUAAUAAGUGAAAUAACGAAAAGGAUUUCGUAAUCGUCUUAUGGAGAAACCUUGUAUUUUUGUUUUCCAGAAACCCAAAUCGCUUUACAUGAAUCAUAAAAGUCAGACUCGAGCGUAUCACGUGAGCUCAUAGAUUAUUGCAAUCCAAAUUGAAAUUCUGUCGAU